CCCGGAAGUUCAAAUCUUCCGGUGGAACACUUGAUUGGAGACAACAACAAUGAAGGCGAUCAUUCAAAGAGUAACGAAGGCAAGCGUAACUGUUGGGGAAGAGCAAAUCAGCUCCAUAGGGAGAGGACUCUGCGUUUUAUUUGGCAUCUCAGUAACGGACACACAAAAGGAUGUUGACUACAUGGUACGGAAGAUUCUGAACCUGCGUGUGUUUGAGGAUGAGAAUGGCCGUGCGUGGAGCCACAGUGUUAUGGGCAGAGAGCUGGAGGUGUUGUGUGUGAGUCAGUUUACUCUUCAGUGUAUACUCAAGGGAAAUAAACCAGACUUCCAUUCUGCAAUGCCAGCUGAACAGGCCCAGCCCUUCUAUAACAACAUUCUGGAGCAGCUGAGACAAGCAUACAAACCAGAACUUAUCAAAGAUGGACAGUUUGGUGCAUAUAUGCAGGUACACAUUCAAAACGAUGGACCUGUGACCAUUCAACUGGAAUCUCCUACUGGCCCCACAGACCCCAGACUGCUGUCUAAACAAGAAAAGCAACAGCAGAGAAAAGAGAAAACACGAUCAAAAGGCCCGUCGGAGUCUGGCAGAGAGAAGGGAGCAUUACCCUCUAAAGCGGACCCCAGCGCCAGCAGUGGAGCCGAGGGGGACGUGUCAUCUGAACAAGAACCGUAGAAUACCUCACUGUCUUUCCAGUUGGCAGAUCUGUUUAGCGUCAAGAGGAAUGCUGCAGUUUUUCAGGAACAUCUCUCAGUGUGGUCCAGAUUCGUACCAUUUUUUUAUUUUUGUCUCAUUACGCUCUCAGUCUGCUGUCCAGCCUUAUUUUCUUCUGAAAGUUGGAUUGAACAUACACACAAAACAUGUGGCAGCUCCACAAUUACAAGUAGAAAAUUGACUCAGGCUCUUUUGAAUGGUUCAUUCGCAUCGAUUUGAACAGCAUAUCUGUAUGGCAUUUAGUUUAUUUAAGUGUAUACUUCUCUGUGAUGUUUUAAUAAAAACUGGGAACAGAAA